AUGGGUAUAUCGGAUAAUGAUGUGCAGAAACAGUUACGCCAUAUGAUGGCAUUUAUUGAACAAGAGGCGAAUGAAAAGGCCGAAGAAAUUGAUGCUAAGGCUGAGGAGGAAUUCAAUAUUGAAAAGGGUCGUCUUGUUCAGCAGCAGCGUGCGAAGAUUCUUGAAUAUUAUGAGAAAAAAGAGAAGCAAGUUGAACUUCAACGGAAAAUUCAAAGUUCGAAUAUGUUAAAUCAAGGUCGUCUUAAGUGUCUUAAGGCACGUGAAGAUCACCUGCACAAAGUUCUCGAAGAGGCUCGUGUCAAUCUCAGUCGGAUUUCUGCGAAUCAUCAGCAUUAUCCAUCAAUUCUCAAGGGUCUUAUGCUCCAGGCGUUAUAUCAAAUGCUCGAAAAAGAGGUGGUUCUGCAGUGUCGAAGUCAGGAUGUGAAACUCGUCGAACAGCUUCUUCCUGAAUGCAUAAAGGAAGUGGAAAGUUCUUGGGGAGAGAAAACAAAGGUUGUAAUCGAUCAAGCCAACUGCCUACCGUCAGAGAGUGCUGGUGGUAUUGAGUUAUCGGCGAAAGGCGGCAAAAUUCGUGUAUCAUCUACGUUGGAAUCACGGCUUGAACUUAUUGCUAAUCAGAUAAUACCACAAAUUCGUACGGCGUUAUUCGGUGAAAAUCCGAACAGGAGAUUCUUUGACUGA